UGUCCCUUCCAGGAGCUAAAGAGGAAGGAGGCGCAGGAUCCAAGCGCCCCAGUCGAGGCGGCCUUGGAUAGAGAGCUGGCUUCUGUGGUGGCGGGCUCCGGCCAGCCCCCUCAUGGCGCCCCGGCUCCUCGCUUUGUUCCUGGUGCCUUGGACCCUGCAGCUGACAGGAGGGCAGUCAGUGACCCACAGCGGUUUCCCCAUCAUGGUCUCCCUGGCCAACACGGCCGCCUCCUUCGGCUGCAGGAUCACCUACCAGUAUACCCCAGCGUUCAAGGUCUUCACCGUCAGCUACUUCCACAUAGAUCUCCAGGGCCAGAAGAGCCCGGAGACGCAGAUAGCCUGCCCCCCAGGCCCGGGGAAGGAGAACGACACCUACACCUUGGUCUGCUCGGUCAGUCUCAAGCUGCCGGACGCGUCGGCCACUGGCACCUACUACUGCUGUGUCAGGUGGCCAAGCACCACAGUGAGGAGCAGUGGUAUCUUCGUCCUGGUCAGAGACAUGGGGUACCAGCGCCCUCCGCCAAGCUCCCGGAAGCCCCUGCUGUGUGGCUUCACUGCCCUCCUGGCUGUGCUAAGCGUGCUGGGCACGGCUCUGCUGCUCUGGAAGAAGGGUCUCACCCAGAUUGGACUCAAACUUGCCAUCCUCCUGCCUCAGCCUUCUAGAAUGCUGGGAUUACAGGUGUGCACCACCACACCCAACUGCCUUCCUAUCUUUUGUUAGAAAUGAGAGCUCCACUACGUCACGAGUCCCUCUGGGAAUCUGAGGCAGGAUGCAGGCCCUUGUGCUUACCAUUUUUUGAGCCCAGCAACCAGGAAAGGAAGAACAGACCUGAGACACAGCAUGCCCGGCACCCUCCAACCCACUCUCACUUACUCCCCUCUGUAGCUCUGCACGGAGCUCCCUGCCAUCUCCAAGCUCUGGAAAGCAAGGCUCAGAGAGGCUGUGACUUAGCUGAGGCCACACAGCAAGCAGUGGAGUCAGGGUUGGAGUACAGGUGGAGGGGCAGGUUGCUCCAGCUCCCUCUCUGGCUGGCUCUGGCUCGUUCUGUGGCUGGCACCUUCCAGGGCAGAGGUGUUGCUGCCUGGAGCUCUCUGCAUUCUCAUUGCCGUCCAGACCCUGUGGUUUUCCUGUUUCGUGCCUGUCUCUGCUUGUUCCCUUCUGAGGACCCAGCUCUCGCACAGGGCCCUGCACAUAGCGGGCCCUCAGUCAGUACUUGCAGAGCCCUUUCACAGUCAUUAUUAAAGCAAUGCAUUCAUUCCCUGAGUUAGCUGAGCACCCACCAGGUCCUUUUCUAUAUGCCAGGCCCAGUACUAGAGGCCAGAAGCCCAGAGAUCACAUAGCAGACAAAAGCCACAGUCCAGGGGGACGGCUGCCUGGUAACCAGGGUGACAAGUUAUCUGUGAAAGGAAGCAGACAGACCGUGGAGCAUUAAGAGUGCAGCCUCAGGGCCUGUGUCCCCUCCCCACGGUGCCACUUGCCAGUACUGUGAGCUCCCACAGGACGCCUAACUGGUCCCUGCCUCAGUUUCCCCAGUGGGGUGCCAAGCACAGGAGUUGCAUUAUGGGGUUGUGGGAGGAGUGCAGCUUCCAAGCACUUGAAGUACCAGGCCAUGGCACCUCCAGGGGCUGCCGUGACUCCUGCUGUGGGAGCAGCUGUGAGGGCCCCGCCCUACUUAAGGGGUUGAGGCGGUCCUGGCACACACUGGGCUCCGUCCCCAGAGCUCUUCUCUGCUUCUGGGGCAACUCCUAGGGUGACUGAGCUGUGCAGGGGGCUGCACCCCCAUGGAUGUGGCCCAGACCCCUGGCUCCGGCUGGCUACGCAGGGCCAGAGGGCGCCACCCUCUAACAUGUCCAGGACAGCACUCUGGGCCCCCAAGUCUCUGCAUCUCGGCAAAUGGCCCCAGAUGCCAAGCGCCCUAGCCUCAAGCUAUGGAGCUUGUUUUUUUUUUUUUCGGUACUGGGAUUCGAACUCAUGACCUUGCGCUUGCCAGGCAGGCACUUUACCGCUGAGCUAAAUCCCCAGCCCCAAGCUGUGGAGCUUGGAGCCACUUUCACUGUCCAUCCGGCCCUCGGCCAGUCCCUCCCCAGCCCAGCCUGGGCCCCCUCACCAGCUUCCAGGGUCCAGGUCUCUGCCACCCACCUGGGCUCCCACGUAUAUGCUGUCCCCCUAUCAGAGUGCAGCACCUAUGCGGCAGGGACUAGCUGUCCCCAGUGCCUGGAGGAGCCCAGCACACAGUGGGGAUGCGUGCACGGUGAUAGCAAAAAGCUGAGUCAGAGGUGGCCAGGCAUGCCAUGGGCAAGGAAACCUGCUGAUUGCAUUUCACAGAGGGGGAAACUGAGGCCCAGCAGGCUUCCUGAGCUGCUGACAGCAGCACCCUGGUGUGGAGCGUUGGGUUGUGGGCCAGGCUUGGUGCCCCUUACCGGUUACCCACUGCCAAGAGAAACAGCAACGGAGCAUCGCCACACCUCCCACACCGCAGAAGCGUGGCCCACCUGUUCCCAGGGGAGCUCUGUCCCUGCCCUGCAGCCCCCAGCCCCACAGGAAGGGCUCCUGGUAUCCAACCUCCAAUCCACCCUUACCUGUCCUCUUCCCUGGUGGCCCCCACUGCCACAGAGGAAAGACACGGUGGCACUUGGUAUUUUAUGGCCUUACCCCCGGUCCCCCAGAGCAGCUGCUGCCUGUGUGCUCACGCCCUGCAGCCCGGGGGCGUAUCUGGCCAGUUGGCUCAGAGGGGAGUGGCACCAGGACCCCAGCUGUCCUGACAGGGCAGUAUGGAGGGACCCUGGGGUGGCCACGGCCCCUGACUAUAACAGUGUC